AUGGUGUUAAUCAAGCUUCUCGCUCUGCGACUCGAGCUUCUCGCUCUGCGACUCGAGCUUCUCGCUCUGCCCCAAGAUGACGUCCCCAGGUUGCUACUCGACAUCGGUUGUGGCUCUGGGCUUAGUGGAGAGACCUUGUCUGAUAGUGGGCAUCAUUGGAUUGGUUCAGAUAUUUCCCAAUCCAUGCUUGAUGUUGUACUGGAAAAUGAGGUUAAGGGUGACCUUUUUCUCGGGGACAUGGGCCAGGGAUUAGGACUUCGUUCUGGAGUUAUUGAUGGAGCCAUUAGUAUCUCAGAUAUCCAGUGGUUGUGCAAUGCCGACAAGUCCUCACAUAAUCCGCGAUUAAGAUUGAAGGCUUUCUCUGGGUCAUUGUAUAGAUGUUUAGCUAGGGGAGCAAAAGCUGCAUUUCACAUGUAUCCAGAAAAUCUAGACCAGCGGGAAUUGAGACAAUAGUACUGAAAGAAACAUAGGGUUUAGAAGAAAACUUGAAUUAAGGAAGGUUAGCGAAGAGAAACCAAGGCACAACCUUCAAAUAAACUAAGCUACACGGAAUCGGGUGCG